AUGAUCCUACCAACUGCCAUUAUCCAGAACAAAACAAGAGUCAGAGGUCUUCCAAUUGGAUUUAUUACGAGACUGGAGGCUCGUCUUGCAGAGACGGAAGAAGCUCUAUUCCGACUUGUGCACUCUAACGAUGACCCUAACAACAGUCACAUCUCACUCAAGCCUUCAUCACAAAGGAAAGACGACCGCAUAAGAGAAUGGGACAGUCUUCCUCUCGGGAAUGUGGAUGAAAUAAGAGCAUGGUAUCGAAAUAGAUCAGAACAAAACGACCCGCCAGCCCAGCAUGACGCUUUGAUGGAAGGAGACCAACGUGAGCGAUCUAUUCAUGUCACACCACCCGAGUCAGAGCCUAUGGAGUUCACUGGUGACGUUGGAGAUGACCAGGGAGAUACAAUUGUCCUGCCGGAUGCUGAUGAUGGUGUUAUGCCAAGGAAUGACAAUCAGACUCAGGAAGAGCCUGGUGGAAGCAAAGCCAAGGCGAUGGAACAGAAACACCCAAAUAUGUACUUUUAG